GAAUGGUUGUUUUAACUAUCGCAGAUUUAAUGGAGACAUUUCAUUUUUUUGUUUAACGAACUUGAACAGGUUAUAUAUAACAUCUGGCUUUGACCGUCCACGUCAAUCAACGCUUUUCUCUGGACUAACUUUGUUUCAAGCUCGACAUUCUGUCCACUCGUUACUUAGAGUAACAAGGUUGUAAAGAUUGGCAGGUUAGAUAAUUUCCAUAAUCGAAAUAUCACAGUUUAUCAAUCCUUACUCCCCACGAGAUAAAUCCAGCAGUAUUAUAAAAAAAAAACCAUUAACCACAUACGCGACCCUUAAAAUCAACCACGGAAUCGCAUUGCAAAGUCGGUUUAAAUAAAAAUUCCAAGCACUUAGUAAAAUCAAUUAAACCAAUGGAGUAAAUGAAUAAUAAUAACAAUCCCCUAAGUUAUCAAUAAAAUAUUCUACAAAAAUUCUUUACAGCACAUUGCGAUAGAACAUUCCCUCAAUAAAAUUCAAACUCCUAAUCAAAAUUCUUCACCGGGUUGCAAUAUCUAAUUACAAGUGUUUCUAUAUACGUAAUCGCGACUUCUUGUCCGGCUGCGAGUAUAUUAAUAGACAAAAGAAGUCUACGCCGACUAGGAGUGCGCGACUACGACCGCGAGAACGACAACUAAGACUACGACGAGAACUGACAGUGGCGAGGGGGUUCCUGAAAUAAUCAUCCAUUCGUCUUUCUCUCAUUUUUAUUUUUCUCCAUUUUCUUCUUUCCUUCCUACCAUUCUCGGUACACGGGGCUCUCAACGGCAAUUUCCUCCAAUCUUACGACGAACGACACUAGCCGUUGCAUCUUCCCUCAACUCAUACGAAUGAUUCUCCAGAUUCGUUUAACGUUCUCUCAUCACCAGUUAUCCGUGCAUAAAUAUAAAUGAUAACAUAAAGUUAUCCUCAAUAGUCAGUUUAAGGAUCGCUCGAAAAGCAAACCGUAAGACAACAGUACAAGUGGUCGAACACGUGUUUUCAAAACUUGGCACAGAUAUUCCUGAAAUCGAUGCACCGAUCUGUAGUGCUAGAGUGAAGUGCAGUGAAGUGUACGCCGUAAGAGAGAAUAAAAUAAUUAUUUCGUAAAAUGGCAAUGGAUAGAACGAUGUAUGGCAAAGUCGAACCCGGAUCAACUUAUCAGCCUUAUCGUAUAACCAUUAAAAAUGGUUCACCACCUGGAUACGCGCUGCUUGCCGAUCUGCAGAAUACGGUUUCUCCGGAGGGAAAUCACGUUGGCAGCAAUGCAACACCCGGUUAUGGUUCUCUGAAUGGUACUCGGCAACACGCUACUGGAUACAGAGGCUACGAUAACCGGACGUCUCCUUUGCCAUCACAGUCGCCAACCUAUCAAAAUCGAGAAGCCAUGGAGGAGACCAUCACCAAGACUGGAACAAGUCCUUACGGUCAGACUGGACCUGGUGGAAAAAUGCCAUCCUUGAACAACAACCUCUCCGAGCUGGAUACUCUUCUGCAGGAUCUCAGCAAUGCGCACUACAACUCUCAUUACCAAGAUAGAGAACGAGCUUCCAUCGGUGCACUUAAUGGGGGUGCAACCAGUCCUAUGCUACGUUCACCAAGUAGUUUGUCGGCCUCAAGACCCACUGUUGAUUCUCUCCUAGAGGAACUGAGUACCGCAGUUCCGACCGGAGAUUACAACCCUGACGGAAGAGUUAAGGUAACCAUCCAGGAGACUUCAACGGAAGUACAACCUGUGUACGAAGGUUAUCCAUCCUCACAAACUGGAUCUCUUAAUAGAGGCUACGCGAACGGUCAUGCAGCUAGCAACGCCACCAAGGAGUUAGACGACCUUAUGGCUUCGCUGUCCGAGUUCAAGAUUAAUGGUAGUACCCAUCAACAUCAAACGGUGACUGACUCCCCGUACGCGAAGCCGAACAAGGCCACGAAGAGUUCACCCCAGCCCGAGACUCACACCAGGAUUCACAUAAGCGAAAGUCACACGACUCAUUAUUAUCAACCGCAGCAAGGAGAGAGUCAUCUCGCGCAGCCUGCGACUCAAGUCAAACAGAAUCAGUUGGAUUCUAUGCUAGGGAACCUGCAGGCAGACAUGAGCCGCCAAGGAGUUAACACUACGCAGAAGGGCUGCUGCAGCGCCUGUGAGAAACCAAUCGUCGGACAGGUUAUCACGGCUCUGGGUAAAACAUGGCAUCCCGAGCACUUUACCUGCACUCACUGCAACCAGGAACUUGGUACUCGCAACUUCUUCGAGCGCGAGGGUCAUCCUUACUGCGAGCCGGACUAUCAUAAUCUGUUCUCGCCACGCUGCGCAUACUGCAACGGUCCCAUUUUGGACAAAUGCGUCACUGCUCUGGAGAAGACCUGGCACACGGAGCACUUCUUCUGCGCUCAGUGCGGAAAGCAAUUCGGAGAGGAUGGCUUUCAUGAGCGCGACGGGAAGCCUUAUUGUCGCGAGGAUUACUUCGACAUGUUUGCUCCCAAGUGCGGUGGCUGCAAUCGCGCCAUUAUGGAAAAUUACAUCUCUGCCUUGAACAGCCAGUGGCACCCGGACUGCUUCGUUUGCAGGGACUGCAGACAGAAAUUCCAAGGAGGCUCCUUCUUUGAUCAUGAAGGACUGCCUUAUUGUGAGACACAUUAUCAUGCGAAGAGAGGAUCCUUAUGUGCAGGAUGUCAUAAGCCUAUUACCGGUCGCUGCAUCACGGCCAUGUUUCGUAAAUUCCAUCCGGAACACUUUGUUUGUGCCUUUUGUUUAAAACAAUUGAAUAAGGGCACUUUUAAGGAACAGAAUGACAAGCCUUACUGUCAUGGCUGCUUUGAUAAACUCUUCGGAUAAAGGACAUUUUAAUGGUACUCCAACAGUGCUAUAAAGAGAAACUGGUUGUUUCAAUGCCCAUUGAUAACAUUAAAGGAAGAAGAGGGCUUACGCGUAUCAUAAUUACUUUAUUAUUAUAGCAAGGGGAAUGUAGACCAUUGAAUUUUAUUGAAAAUUCACAAAGAAAUAUCAUUUGGAAAUGCUUCCGGAUGAUUUUGUGGGUCAAUUAAUUAGAAUUUCAGGAGUCAGUUUAAUAAAAAAUCUAAAAAAUGUAUAGGAUAUCCAGGGAAUCUUAGAGUGUACGGAUAACAAAGUAAUACCUUAAGAUAGGUUUUAACUUGACUAAAAGAAACAACAUAAAAUUUAUGUAUUAACAGUUUAUUCGAAAAAUGAGAAUCAACUGCUUGCCAGAGAAAAUUUUUUUUUUUAGUAAAGACAGGGAGCUUGUACCUUUUUGAUACUAAUUAAUUGACCGGUACUAAAUAGUUACUUUGAAAUUGUUGAUCCUGUCCUUUCUGUUUGUUAUAUUUGUCAGAUAUUUAUGCACAAUUAAAGGUAGAUCUACGCGGCUUAAUUAAUUAAAUAAUGAAUUAUUCCCCUUAUUUCAACUGUGUGCCCCGUGAAACUUAACGCUUGAAUUUUUCAUCGUGUCUCUUAAAUCAAUUUUGUACUUGCUUUUUUGGUUCUUUACCGUAAUGUUAAGCUAUUAUCAAGUAAUGGAGCGCUACUCUAAUUAGUUUCCCCCUUUUCUUUUGGUUAUAGCUCGGCAUACCAAUUAAUAAUUAGGUAAAGUAAUUAAUAAAAAAAGAAAUCCAUAUGAAAUAUGUUAACGCACUUUUAAAUAGUAGAGGAUAAUUCAUGCAAAUCGCAAUUUUCUACGAUUACUUGCCAUUUGAUAGAAUAUGACUUUCUUAAUGGUUAUUCAAAUAUCUUAAUGAUCAUACCGGGUUAAUAUUAAUGAAGAACUAAAUGAAUUUAUUUAGUUCAUUACUGAUUUAUUCAAACGAGUCCGUACACAGCUCCGUGAAAAACGACUAAUAAAUAUUGUAUUUACAAAAUUUACGAUACACGUAGAAUCUUAAGAAUACAAAAUUAUUUGUUGACGAAAAAAGGGAAAUAGAGUGAUUAUGGAAUAAUUAUAAAAAUCAAUAUACAAUAUUUUAAGGAACCUUAUCGAAAUGUAUCCAUCCGACUCUUUAGACGUACUGUACCCUUGCUUCAGGUAUCAGUAGAUAAAAAAAUUCAGAGGAACACAUGCCCUACCUUGUUCCUUACUUAUAGUCAUGCAAUCAGAUGCAACUACCUAUACUAACUUUUAAGUACACAUGAGUAUCGAUUGGACCUGAUUUGAUUUUUAAAGGAAUUUUUUGUAUUGUUUUUCAUUUAAUUUGCGAGGAGUUAAUAGAUGUAUUAAAUAAUAGAGGUAUAGUAGGUCCACGA